AUAAAACCCGCCCCAACCUCUCGAAAUGAAGCAAACUCAAUUCACGUCUCUCUCCCCCUCGUCUUUCGGCGAAAGAAAAACUCUCCGAUUAUUUCUACAGCGAGAGAAGAAAAGCUUCGUUGCCGCUGACAAUCGCAACCCUUUCGUGAAGCAAUGGCAACACUGGACUCAGAUGUUCCGAUGAUUCCCGCAGGCGAGGGUUCGAGCAGUGCAGGUCCUUCUUCGACCAAGAAGCCCAAGCGAUUCGAGAUCAAGAAGUGGAAUGCUGUUGCUCUCUGGGCUUGGGAUAUUGUGGUUGAUAACUGUGCCAUUUGCAGGAAUCAUAUCAUGGAUCUCUGCAUUGAGUGCCAAGCAAACCAGGCAAGUGCCACAAGCGAGGAGUGCACGGUUGCUUGGGGGGUUUGUAACCAUGCAUUCCACUUCCACUGCAUAAGUCGAUGGCUCAAGACUCGACAAGUGUGCCCAUUGGAUAACAGCGAGUGGGAGUUUCAGAAGUAUGGUCACUAGCACCUUAAUGUGGCGGGUUGAACGUUCUGUGCACUUGCACCACCCGCACUAUCAAGGAGGGUCUCCUCCUCAUCCCCUCGUGUCCAUCUUUAGUCAUGCUUAAUUUGUUAUACUUUGUACCUUGUUAUUUCAACCGUGCCGGUAUAUUUUUUUGUUAAGCAUUCGGGUGCUCAAGUGUCUGAUCUUGGAUUGGAUUCGUUAAGCAUUCAACUACAAAUUUUCAA